GGCGGGGCCAACGCCAGGAGGGGCGGGGCUGUGCCAAACCCUGCGCACGCGCAGUCGUGCGUGUUAGCUCCUCAGGAUGGCCCGCACUAUGGAACCAGUGGCAAAGAAGAUCUUUAAAGGAGUUUUAGUAGUUGAACUCUUGGGCGUUUUUGGAGCUUAUUUUUUGUUUAAUAAGAUGAACACAAGCCAAGAUUUCAGGCAAAUAAUGAGCAAGAAAUUUCCCUUCAUCUUGGAAGUUUAUUACAAAUCCAUUGAACAGUCUGGAAUGUAUGGAGUCAGACAGCAAGAUCAAGAAAAAUGGUUGAAUAGCAAAAAUUAGGACCAGUCAUCACGUUCAGCCUCCCAUCUAAGCUGUUUGAGACCUUUGUGGGGGAGAAGAAAGAUGAGCACAUCACAUUGCAGACUCCUGGCCCCACAGAACAAAACAGGAACUUCUGGUCUGCCAUGGCUCACAGUCAUUUCCCAUCCCCUGUGCAAAUCCCCUGCUUUUGUUUGUUGCUUUCCUUUGGCAUUUAUUAUUAAAGACUACUGUUUAACAAAUAAAAGACUAGGAGAAGAAAUGAACAAA